GGCCUUGCCGCCAGCUGAUUGGCGAGCCCGCAUGGUCGAAGGUGCCAUUGGCUGGUGGCCGAUUGGGCCGCACCAUCUUUAAGGCACCUUCCCAGUAGAGAAGCUUCCCUUCCACGAGGCAGCUAGGCGUGCUGACAGUCCCAGCUGUGCACCGGGAGUCGCCAACACCCUCGUUCGCGGUCCAGUUCGGCAGCCGUUUCUUGAAACCUCCAGAGACUUUUCCAGAGCCACGCGCCAGGGAGGUGGCACCACCGCGCGCCUGCCUGGCGCGGUCGUGACGUCAGGCUUACGCUAGUGGCGAUUGGCUGAGGAAAUGUGGCGCGGACGGGCGCUGGCGCGAGUGAUUGGACAUGCCGUUAGGGGGCGGUGUCUGAAGGCGGGGCUUGCUGCGAAGAGCGUUGAAAUACGGGGCACCUCAGCACUUCAAGGCGCUUCUAGCCGGAGUCUCUGUGUUCUAGGUCAGAUCAGACAUUCUGUCACAAUGCCAGAAAUAAAUACCAGCCAUCUUGAUGAACAACAAGUUCAACUUCUAGCAGAGAUGUGUAUUCUUAUUGAUGAAAAUGACAAUAAAAUUGGGGCUGACACCAAGAAAAACUGUCACCUGAAUGAAAACAUUGACAAAGGAUUAUUACAUCGAGCUUUUAGUGUCUUCUUAUUUAAUAGUGAAAAUAAGCUCCUGUUACAGCAGAGAUCAGAUGCUAAAAUUACCUUUCCAGGUUGUUUCACCAAUAGUUGCUGUAGUCAUCCAUUAAGUAAUCCAGGUGAGCUUGAAGAAAACAACGCCAUUGGUGUAAAACGAGCUGCACAGAGGCGCUUAAAAGCUGAAUUGGGAAUUCCCUUAGAAGAGGUUGAUCCAAAUGAGAUGCAUUAUCUAACACGAAUUUACUACAAGGCCCAAUCUGAUGGUAUCUGGGGUGAACAUGAAAUUGAUUAUAUUUUGUUUCUGAGGAAGAAUGUAACCUUGAAUCCAGAUCCCAAUGAGAUUAAAAGCUAUCUCUAUGUAUCAAAGGAAGAACUCAAAGAAAUUAUGAAGAAAGCAGCCAGUGGUGAAAUUAAGUUAACUCCAUGGUUUAAAAUUAUUGUAGACACUUUUCUCUUUAAAUGGUGGGAUAACUUAAACCAUUUGAGUCAGUUUGUUGACCAUAAGAAAAUACAUAGAAUGUGAAUGUGUAACUGAAUUGAAAAUUUUUUCUACCUAGUAAGAUGGUUUUUUUUGUUUCCUUUUGUUUUGAACUGGGCUCCCUUUUAUGAUACAUGGGUAUUUUACAACCAGAAUUUGUUUGAGAAAAAAGCCCACUGACUUACAGUUUUGUAUUAUCUAUCCCAUGUGUAUGCACUGAUGUUUAUAGAGGACAUUUAUGAGAGGUUAUUGCAAAAUUAUGCCAUAAAUAAAACUUAAUUUAGCCUGUCCAAAUAUAUGACUGACACGAUUGAAGAAAUAAGUAGAACUCUUAAUUUUUUUACAUUUUGACAAACAUUUUCAGAACACUUUGCUAUUUGCCAAGUGUAUUUUUAUACCAUUAAAUUAUAUCAUUGUAGACGAAUUUCUAAGUGGUCUUAUUAAAUAAAGACAGAAAAAUGAGCAAAAGAGACUACUUAGCUGCUUCAAAACAGCACUUAUAUAUUUAACUGGUUAAGGCCAGGGAUACAGCUCAGUGGUACCAUGAUUGCUUUGCAGGCAUGAGAUCAUGGGUUGUUGAGUCCCUAAUCCUUAAAAUAAUUAUAACAAUAAUAACAGGCAGAGCAGGUUCAAGGGAGAGUAAAUGGUAUCCAAUCACCCUCAUAAUUUCAGGACCCCCUUCAUAAUCAAAUCUCUGGAUGCUCAAGUCUUAUACAAGAUGACAUUGUAUUUGACUUACGCACAUCGUUAACUCUUCACCUCAUCUCUGGGUUGGUUGUAGCACUGAAUACAAUGUAAAUGCUAACAAAUGAUUGUUUUACUAUGCUUUGUGAUAAGUAAAAGUCUACAUGUCUGCAUAUUCAGUACAGAUCAAAUAUUAAUAUGUGAUUGGUUUGAAACCUUGGGUGGUUGGCCCACAGAUUGGAAAGGCCAGUUCUGUAUGCUAAUUUUUUGUCACUUUUGGUUGAUAUUGUGCUUUAACCAUUCUGAAAUUAUUUUACUACUUAAAGUUAACUAUUACUUUUAGUGGUAAUGGUAACUGCUUAACUUUUAAAUAGUUACUUACCAUUUACCAAAAUCUAUUCAUAAUUAUAGUGGAAGAGAUGUUAGUCAUAAGGUGGGAGUGAGUUCUUUACAAGAGUUGAGAAAACUCUUACCACUACCAGCACUGGGCCUGGUUAAUCUUGUUGUAGGUGUCUGACCUAUGUUGGAUGUUUAGUAGCAUCUCUGCACCCUGUACACUCAAUAUCAUUUAGCAUUCCUUUGCUAAGACAACACCUCCCCAAAAAAUGGGGGUGGGGUGGGUUUUCAGGCAGGGUUAUUCUGUGUAGCCCUGGCUGUUCUAGAGCUUACUCUAUAGACCAGAAUAGCCUCGGAACUCAGGAUCUUCCUGCCUCUUGUCUCCAAAGUGCAUGAACCACCAUGCCCAGCAACAACCAAAAUUUUAAUGGAUAGUACCAAGUGCUGCAUAGGGACAGAGACACCUCUAGUAGAAAAUCACUCACUGUUCUGUAGUAAGGGCUUACUUUAGAGGUAGAAGCAGGAGGGAGUAGCAGUGAGGAAGUCAAUGAUCAAUAGACUGAUGUUAUAGAAUAGGCAUAUAUUGAGAUUGUGUCUUGAUUAAUGUACUUUUUAAAACUUGCCACAGGUGUGUCAAAUUUGUGCUCUUAGACUUAAAUGCUGUAUAAUGAAUAAUUUUUUUUCUUAUAAAAAUUUUAUAGUUUAAUUUCUUGAUAAUUCAGAAUAGUUAAUUUAUCUGAAGAUACAGUUAUGUAGCAAGUAUUUAUUGAAAAUUUAAAAAAUAAAUUAUUUUAAUAUUAUCUGGUUUGUUACUAUCUGGAUAUAAUAGGUUAGUCUGCAUAUUGUAUUUUAAACAUGAUAAAUCCUAUAUACCUUAAACUUAUUUAAAAUAUUUCUAGUUUUAAUUUCUACAAAUUGGGGACUAACUACCUAUAAUUAGUUUCUCAGUAGCUUUAUAGCUAAUGGCUGUCAUGAUGAAGAGUGCAACCUAGGACUCUGUAAAGUCAAGUAAGUGUUAGAUAUUACUGUGUUGCUAGAAUGUUGCUUAGGGUAUGAUGUGUAUUAAUAUCUCGACCCAAUAAACUCCUUGGCACCAACAUCUUUUAAAAUAA